UUGGCUGGAGCGCCACCUACGAGGCCAAAGCGAACGCCAUUGGAUGAAAAACUAGGUUAGUGGUUCGACAGUCAUGACGGUGAAGAGAAACUGGGUCACUGAUUGAAAAUCGUUUAUGUCACAGUUCUAUGUGUUGCUAUUACAUAUUACCAUCACAUUUGAAUGGAUCUACGGAUUUUGUGGAAUAUUCUAGGCAGAUAGGUCGCACGGGCUGCAUGAAGAUCAGAUCACACGGUGGCAGACCACAUCAAACCGGAUAAAACUAGGUCAGGCUGAAUCAAACCAGACUCAGAACGGAGCAGACCCGGUUGAUCUAGACGACACCAGGCCCGUCCAGGAGGCCUGUACCAGUUUCUUAACCAGUUGAGGGCUCAAGAGUGGAUGGAAGGAGAUGAUUUUAACACAGAGGCUGUGAUGAACAUCUGUGAUGACCUGAUGGCAGACCAACGAAUGGACAUCUCGUCUACAAUGACUGACUUCAUGUCCCCCAGCUCCACUGACCUCAUCUCCAGCUCCAUCAGCACGCCCAGCAUGGACUACACCCGCAAGAGGAAGGGUAGCAGCACAGACUACCAGAUUGAUGGCUUCUCAUUUGAUGACAUGGAUCCAGACAAAGACAAGCUGAGCAGCGACCAACAAGGCAGGAUUAAAAAUGCCAGAGAGGCUCACAGUCAGAUCGAGAAGCGUCGGAGGGACAAGAUGAACAGCUUCAUUGAUGAGCUGGCGUCUCUGGUGCCCACCUGUAACGCCAUGUCCCGUAAGCUGGACAAGCUCACUGUCCUGCGUAUGGCUGUCCAGCACAUGAAGACGCUCAGAGGUGCAGCCAACCCGUACACCGAAGCAAACUACAAACCUUCCUUCCUCUCAGACGAUGAGCUGAAGCAUUUGAUACUAAGAGCCGCUGAUGGCUUCCUGUUCGUGGUUGGGUGCGAUCGUGGCAAAAUCCUCUUUGUUUCUGAGUCUGUGUACAAGAUUCUCAACUAUAGCCAGAAUGACCUGAUAGGUCAGAGCCUGUUCGACUACCUUCACCCCAAGGACAUCGCUAAAGUCAAAGAGCAGCUGUCCUCCUCAGAUACCGCCCCGCGGGAGAGGCUCAUUGACGCUAAAACUGGUCUUCCUGUGAAGACGGACAUCACUCCUGGUCCAUCUCGACUCUGCUCUGGAGCCAGGCGGUCGUUUUUCUGCAGAAUGAAGUGCAACAGACCUUCAGUCAAAGUAGAAGAUAAAGAUUUUCCCUCCACUUGUUCUAAGAAAAAAGCUGACCGUAAGAGCUUCUGCACCAUCCACAGCACGGGCUACUUAAAGAGCUGGCCGCCCACCAAGAUGGGGCUGGACGAAGACAACGAGCCGGACAACGAAGGUUGCAACCUGAGCUGCCUGGUGGCCAUCGGCCGCCUGCACCCCCACAUCGUCCCCCAGCCCAGCCCGGCGGACAUCAGGGUGAAGCCCACGGAGUACGUCUCCCGGCACGCCAUCGAUGGAAAGUUUGUCUUCGUCGACCAGAGAGCCACGGCCAUCCUAGCGUAUUUGCCCCAAGAGCUGCUCGGCACUUCCUUCUACGAGUAUUUCCAUCAGGAUGACAUCAGUCACCUGGCGGAGUGUCACAGACAAGUUCUGCAGAUGAGAGAAAAGAUCAACACCAGCUGUUACAAGUUUAAAAUCAAAGACGGAUCCUUCAUCACAUUGAGGAGCCGGUGGUUCAGCUUCAUGAACCCGUGGACCAAGGAGGUGGAGUACAUCGUCUCGACUAACACGGUGGUGUCAUGUCCGAUUAUGGAAGGAUCGGAUUAUCCUCAGUCUGCUGCAUCUCCACAGAGCAUGGACAGUGUUCUGACCUCAGAGGGUGGGGGGAGACGAGCGCUGCAGACGGUGCCCGGCAUUCCCGGUGGCACGAGACCAGGAGCUGGGAAGAUCGGACGUAUGAUAGCAGAGGAAGUGAUGGAGAUCCAGAGGAUUCGUGGCUCGUCUCCCUCCAGCUGUGGCUCCAGCCCUCUGAACAUCACCAGCACGCCUCCCCCCGACACCUGCUCCCCAGGAGGAAAAAAGAUCCAGAACGGAGGAACGCCCGAUCUGCCGAGUACGGGGAUCAUUCCUGGACCCGAUUCCGUCGGCUACCCUUACUCCAACCAGUCCAUCAUGAGUGACAACUCCCACCUGAGCAUAGACAUCAUGGACGAGCCCGGCUCCAGCAGCCCCAGCAACGACGAGGCGGCCAUGGCGGUCAUCAUGUCCCUGCUGGAGGCAGACGCCGGCCUGGGCGGUCCCGUUGACUUCAGCGACCUGCCCUGGCCUUUGUGAAGAAGCGGGACAGGGACGGUCCAGAGCCACUGAUGGAGAUCUCGUUUCCCGCCCCUCUGUACACAACUGCACUGCAAAAAGGCCUCAACAACACGCGUGUUCUAAGUGUGUAAAUACUGAAGAUUUUUACGAACAGAAAGGAGGAGAACACUUCUCUUAGAUGUUGCGUCCAGCUCCGACUGGAGGGCCGUUUAGACUUCGCCUCCACUUUUUGAUUCAUCAUUCCUCGUAGGUGGACCUGAGACGAACUGCGGGAUUUUUAAAUAGCUCCAAACGGUGUCGUUUUUACAGUGUAGGUUGCCUGCAGAUCAGCCCCCCACCCCCCCACGGCCACGCCCAGAUUACAGAACUGUGGUGCUAACAAGUCGACCCCCCUCCUCCUCCUCCCACCAGCGGAUUCUGUCCAGCAGUGGCUCUGGGCCCCGACGUUACCAUGGCAACAGCCACUUCAGACCAAGCCGGGACUCCUGAGACGUUAACGGAACGCUGUUCCGGUUGUGUUGUGAGGUUGUUGAGAUUGGAGGCUUUGAUUUCUGCAUCCUGACGCGGUCGUCUCAACACCUUCUUCCCGUCAGACCCGUUGUGCAAUCACCGUUUCAGCUAAGCUCAUUAUUCGCUCAGCCGGGUGUGUUUUAAAACUUUAAUUAAAGUUAUUCCAAAUCAAGUUCAAAUUAAGCGAAACUUGUUUCGACUAACAGCUCUGGGAGCUGCUCUGCGGCCCAUCCCGAUGGGAGGAGCAGAAUCAGGAUUGUUCCGGGAGUUUUCCGGCGCAGCCUGCAGCACUUCCACAGAAACAGGAGAACAACUUUUUCUCAGCAGAGGUCUUCACGGGCCUGAAAGAUCAGGAAGUCCACCCGAGGCAAACCACGGUGGACGUCGACGGAGUUUAGGAUCCAGCUUCUCUCAGCUUACAAAAACUAAAACUCUACUUCCUGGUAGAAGGUAGUGCAAUAAUUCUCGUUUAGGCCCCCCCCCCCCGCCCGUGAGCGCGCCGCAUGAAAAAAGUUAGUAAGAGCACUCAAAAUGAAUUUUUUUUCUCUUUUAUUGGGGUUUGAUCUCAGAUCCUCACAGAGGCUGCAGACCUGAGUGGACUCAUGGAGAGCCGCUGCUUAUUUAAUCCUGCAGGUAGCGAGCGCCCAGCGGGGGGGCUGGGGGGAGGAAAACAGCAUUAAUCCAGCCACGAUGGAGGAAGCAGUUCACCUCCAAGAUCAUUUAAGAGCUCCUCUGUGAGGAAAUUCCUUCACUGCCAUUUUCCUAAGAGCUGCUUUCCCCAGCUAAACUGGUGUCGGAGCGGGUCACAGGGUCUUCUCCCCGCUCACAUGAAGUACUUCAGGCUGCUGAAUACUAAUUCUUGUUCUUUUCUGCCUCUGCACCGUGACUCGAGUUUCUCCUCCAUAGGGACUCGCUUUUAGAUCAGAAAUAUCCUGAAUAAUUUACUGUUUAAAUGUCAUUUAGAGGAUUUAUUUUAAAAAACAAAACACAUUCUGGCCUGAGUGCUUCAUUUGACACAUAAUAAUAAUAAUAAUGAUGAUGAUGAUGGAGUUUUUAUGGAACUAGAUGAAGACGUGAAUGGAUGUUCUCGGAUCACACCGGUAAACGGGUCCAGGAGAUGUUUCUAGAGUGUUGGGAUGCUUAACACAACCAGCUGCUCUACUGCUGGGCCGUCACGUUGAUGGUCUGAUCGGAGGAUGGAGAAGGAAGGGUGAGAUUCGGGCGUCUUGAAGCAUCUCCGUGUGGCUCAAGAAAUCCGACCCAGUUUUCCUUUGAAGUUGUAGAUUGGAAAAGUAAUCGUAUCAUUAUAGUUAAUUCCUAAUGAAAUAAUCUUUCGUGAAUCCGAUGUUUCUUUAAAUAAAACCGGUUGCAUCGGUUUUAUUCAGAUUCAACAACAGAAAAAAAUGAGUUUUCUGCAUGAAAUAUUGUUUUUGAUGUUUUCUCGCAGCAGAAAGUGUGAAAACUGCAGCUCUUCCUGUUUGAGCUCAGGCGUCCCUCCUCCUCUUCGCUCUUCCUCCUCCGAUCACAUGGCCACCGCUGAUGCCCCCCAUCUGUUUUAGUGGGUUUUGGUCUAGUGGUUCAACGCUACACACUACAGAACGUUUCCCUGUCGAUAUCUCCCUCCCCACCUGACAAUAAUGUAUCAGAUCUUUAAAUAUUAUCAUGUUAAGAGUAUACUUUAUGCAAAUAUAUAUGAGUAUGAUGAGUGUAUUGUAUGUAUCAGCAGUGAAAUAUUUUUAAAAAAUAAAUUUAUUUGUUUCUGUC